UUCGAACCACUACCUUACCCUUCCCAUCGCUGAGUUAUAUUGGACAUAUCCUAAAGGAGAAUGGUUCGCAUUGCGUAGCUGAAGGAAAUACUUGUGAAACCACAGAUUCCUCCAUGUUUUCAUCGCAAUGAGUUUUACAGUUUGGACGUUGUUGCUUCUGAUUACAUCUGCUGCAGUUGAUGGGGCAUCUCAAUGUCGUAAGAACUGGCAGCAAUAUGGUACUGCAUGUUACUUCAUUAACACUAACAGUCUGACGUGGGAGAAUGCUCAGGCUUACUGUGAGACACAAGGCGGGAACCUGGCCAGUAUUUCAGACAGUGGUGUGAACAGUCAUGUCAGGAACGUCAUGAGUGGCUACUCCAAGGCACAUAUCGGUAUAACAGACACCCAGAGUGAUGGCACCUGGUCUUGGUGGGACGGAAGCUCUAUGACUUAUACCAAUUGGAAUUCUGGAGAGCCGAGUGGAAACUUUGAGACCAACUGUGGAGGGAUGUAUUCAUCUGGGACGUGGGAUGAUUACUCCUGUACUACCAGUAUUGUCAGCGUAUGCAGGGCUCCUAUACAGUAUACUGCUACGAAGACUGGUUGUGCGUGUCCGUUCGAUUCGACCCGUACGGAUUGUGCGUGUUGUGUAACAGGUGGUACACACUGUGGUCAACAGUAUCCCAAUGAAUGUUACUACUCAAGUACUUCAGAAUGUGGCACUGAUGCUAAUGAUCCCAUCGAUGAUUGGCAGCUUGUCAUGAAAGUAACCAGAGGAUCGAGCAUUGACGUCCAUGACCUGUACACCGGAUCAUCCACCUACAACGAUGGCUCGACUACGGCUAAUAUUCUCACAUCAACAUCGGUCUCGUACAAGAGUUCUGAAGCCAAUAGCUACGAUACUAGCUCACUUGAGAGGAUCAAGUUCGCUUUCUAUUCUAGUGGUGUUGAAGUGCGUAGUUUGGUGUUUGACACUUCAGGAACUAGUCGUACCAAUUGGUAUCAUACCAACUACCUGAGUUAUGCACCCUAUUCUGAUAUCUACACGGAUACCAAGAACUACCAGUCAAUGGCAGGUAACGGACAUCGUACAUUUUUUAUAAAUCGUCAUUACGGAGGGUGUUCUGUCGAUGCCGGUUGGGUCGUGAUCAGUGAUUACGGUAGUACCUCUGGAUGUACCUGGGACAACUACUACAGUAAACCUUUCUUCAUCUACAGUGCUGCUUCUACUUACCAAACAUGGGAGUCAGGAAGUCGAGGAUUUCCUGACACGGUUGCAUUUCUUCACAAAUAUUAUGACGAUGGCACCAGUGAUCAGGAUAUAUGCGACUCUGGUUGGACGCGUAAUGGCAACGCUUGCUACCAGCUUGUUGAAUCUGCUGUCGACUACACAACAGCCUUGGCCGCAUGCAGAGGGCUCAACGACUACGGAGAUCUGGCGAGCAUAGGUGACCAAGAUGAAAACGACUUUCUACUAGCACUAUCAAGACGUACAUUUGAAACGAACUCCUACUGGAUUGGAUACAAUGACCUUGAUGAAGAAGGUACUUGGGUAUGGACCGAUGGCACUGUGACGGCAUACACCAACUGGCAUUCUGGCGAACCUUCUGGUGGAUCAGAGCAUUGUGGCGCACUUCGAUGGAGCUCGGAUGGAACUUGGAACGAUGCACAUUGUUCUUCUUCAUUUGGCUACAUCUGCAAAUACCCUCUUAAUACCAUUUCUUGUGCUGAAUGGAAGCGUAAGGGCUAUACGUCUAGCGGUUACUACACAAUAGAUCCAGAUGGAAGAAAUAACGGAGUGGACCCUUACAGAGUAUACUGUGAUAUGACUACGGAUGCUAGUACAGGUAUUACGACGUUUGAGCACCAAGAGGAAUAUCGUUCAUUGGUAACGGGUGCAGAAACUGCCUUGAGUUUCAUCCGAUACAUUAGAUACGGCAAGAAGUCAGUUGAUCAGGUGUCUAUCGGUGCGGACAUCAGCGGGGAGUGUUACCAGUACAUCAAGUAUGAAUGUCACGGCUCCUAUAUGACUGGUUAUGGGGCUUGGUAUGACAGAGACGGGAACCAGAAGAACUAUUGGGGUGGUGCCACUGUGGACAGCGGACAGUGCGCUUGUGGAAACUCAGGCACAUGUACAAAUGGUCACCACUGCAAUUGCAACACCAAUGACAAUACAUGGAGAGAAGAUUCUGGUUAUCUCACCGAUAAGACAACUCUACCAGUCACUGAGAUAAGGUUUGGUGAUACAGGUGAUGGAAGCGAAUCGGGAUAUUAUACUCUGGGACCACUCUACUGCAAGGGAGACGAAUCUUUCCUUGUGACUGGGCGUACAGACUUCAUGUUCAUCAAAGAGAGGCACAUAAGUGGUUACAACAACGAAGUGCUUUCUGGCGUAACUCCUGAUCAAUGCGCUUCAGCCUGUGUGUCGGCUUCCAGUUAUGUUUGCCUGUCCUUUGAUUUCAAGCCGUCGUCCAAUGAGUGCUGGCUCAGCGCGGAAAACGACCUGACUGUCGGCACAAGUACCGGUACUACAUAUCACCUAUAUGUCCGAAUCAUGGACCGCGUUGAAGACCCAUAUACUGAGGUGUCGAGCUGUUCUGACGGCUGGACAGAGUACGGUUCAAACUGCUUCUUACCGGUUCUUACCAGUUUGAGCUGGCUAGAUGCAGAAACCGCCUGUCAAGGAGAAGGAGGACAUUUAGCAGUUCCGGACAAUGAAGACGAAUACAACUUCAUGAGACGAUCGUUGCGAUGGUCUCAGUCUGACUCAAGCACCAUUUGGCUUGGAUAUAACGACAUUGCAGUAGAAGGUACAUGGGUAGAUGCUGAAGGCAACACCCCAUCGUACGCUCCAUGGAAGAGCGGCGAACCCAACGGUGGUGUCAGCGAGAAUGCAGCAGUCAUGUAUAUCAAUGACUUAACGGAUAUGGUGGACGUGACAGUCGAUAAUACAUUACAUUAUAUCUGCAAAGCAAGCCCAGGGGCUUCUGCAAUCAGUCAGCCUACCACCCACCCUCUCUGCGGGAACGGUUGGGCUUGGGACGAUCACAGCUGUUACCUCUUUGGAUCUGAUACCCGGUCCUGGUCUGACGCGCGGGACUACUGCCAGUCCCAAGGCGCGGAUCUUGUUACCAUAGAGUCCGAUAGGGAAUUUGACUUCUUGGUCGAUUAUUACCGCCAUCGAUACUCUAGCAGGAGAUUCUGGAUUGGACUGACGUAUCGAUCGUCUGACGGGUUGUGGCGCUAUGAAACGGAACACCAUACUGAGCCAGAGAGUAGCUCUUACUGGUUGAGUGGACAGCCUGACAGUGGAGGAUCAGGUGAAGACUGUGUGGAGCUUUACACUUCUCAGAGUCUCAACGAUCGAUCCUGCUCAACCACCAAUUAUUACAUCUGUGAAGAUGAUACUCAUCCUUCGUCUUACCCAAGCGACCUGUCUGUGGAGGUAGCUGGUACCAAUGCUGUCACUAUUACAUGGGGAAGCAUUCCACAAUCUGUUCAGAACUCGGACGUCAACGGCAUAACCGUCAAUUACUGGCCUAUGAACAAACAGAGUAGUAAUACAGAGUCUCUUAACUUCGAUGUGUCGACGUCAUCGCAUUACAUGACGGGAUUGAAACCUGGAACGACCUACGAGUUCGUCAUCUUUGCAAGUAAUGAUAACGGCGACGGUCCCGAGAGCGAUCCACCAGUCAAUGCAACCUUGGAGUCAUCUCUAACUCGUACCCGAAAUGAACGAUUAUCGGUCUAUGUACUUCAAGAGGGGUAUCGACUCUCCAACCACUAUCUCUACCAAUUAGACGCCUACAGUCUGGCUCAUUGUACCAACCACUGCACAAGGGAUAGUAACUGUUUAUCCAUCAACUAUCACCGGACAGCUGCAGGGCCCAUGAAACCAUGUGUCUUGAACAGCAACACACAUACUGACAAUGCAGGCGAUUUUGUGUCGGAUCUUGAUUACACCUAUGCCAGUAUCGAAGGAUUUUAGAUCUUUAAAUUGGCGGGAAAUGCGUCGCCAACAGUCUAGUUUUUCCUCCAGUUACUCUAUAAGACUUUUGGAUAUACAGAUUUAGGCAGUAAAGAUUAAAAGUCAGAGUUUUAACAGGAUAUUUUAUCAAAGUACCGAAAAGAAUAAUGACGAUAAGAUAAAAAUCAUUGAGAAAUCAUACAUAAUGGGAGAACGAAAGUAGUCCUUUUUUCAAUAUGAUAUUGUUGCUUGUUAUCACUAUUCCCUAUUCGGUAUUUUGAAUGUAUUCUUAACUGCAUUGCAGCAAAGUCAGAUAUAACACACAUUGUAAAUAAUUGAAUAUAUUUAGAUGUUAUUUUGUAUGAUAUUUCUACUUCAUGUAUAGUGAGAAAAUAAAAUAGCCAGGCGGAAAGAAAC